CUCAGUGAAAUAGUUAUCGUUACUCUCUGUUAUAUAAUGGCUGUUAGCCCCAUAAAAGUUGACUUGGAGGAAGCUGGUGAAGCCUCUGUCGGUACCGCCCCUUCGAUUACUCGAGACACGGACGUUGGUUCGAGUUUAGAGUGGACACAUCUUACUUUUGCUGUUGGUGACAAGAAGAUCCUCAAUGACUGCUCUGGAACACUCCGACCGGGGGAACUGACAGCCGUGCUAGGUCCGUCGGGGUCGGGGAAAUCGACCCUCAUGAACGUGCUCGGUGGUAGACAGGGCUUGAAGGGUCCUGGCCGAUCCUUCAAGGGUGCUGUGUCGCUCAAUGGGAGGGUGGAGGACCCUGUCCACUUCCGGAAUCGGAUUGCCUAUGUGAUGCAAGAUGAUACUCUAGUGGCUACGAGUACUCCCAAGGAGAUUCUCGAAUUUUCUGCCAACCUCAGACUCCAUAACCAAAGUAAAGAGGAGGUGAAUGAGUUAGUAUCAAAUCUCCUGGACUCAUUAAAGUUGACUAACUGCGAAGACACGGUUGUUGGUAAUGAGAUUAUCAAGGGUAUCUCUGGUGGUGAGAGGAAGAGGACUUCGGUUGGCGUAGAGCUCAUCACCAAACCAGAGAUGAUAUUCUUGGACGAGCCUCUUACUGGUCUCGACUCCUAUGCCGCUACUACCACUGUGAAGGUACUCAAGGAUCUAGCGGCUAAUGGAGUGCCUGUCAUGAUCACAGUUCAUCAACCUUCC